CGUCGUGAUCUCUCCUCCGCUCUCGCCGUGUGUGGGGUGAUGUGGGAAGCGGCCGUGAUCGGGGGGGUGUUAGCGAAAUUUGUCUCUCUCCGUGGUGCGAUUAUCAUCCCCCGUGUCCGCGAUGGACUCAUGGACAGAGGCGUAAUCUUGCACCGCGCUUUAUCGGCGAGAUUAUCGCCGGCUCCCUCGUGCGCGGUGCAGCGGCUCAACGUAGUGACGAGGACCAUGUGUGCGUAAAGCCGCGCUCGUACGGAACGAAACACGGUGAAACAACGCCGCCAGCCGCCGCAGCUCGGUCUCGUCGACAAUGAGCGAGGAUACCAGUCCGUCGGAUCGGCAGAUCCUGCUCUCCCGUUUGCUGGAUGCCGUGAAACAGUGCCAGAUCCGCUUCGGGGGACGCAAGGAGCUGGCGACGGAAAGCGACAGCAGGGUUGUCAACCUGUGUACGCAGUUCGAGGCCGUGCUGCAGCAUGGAAUGAAGAAGUCUAAAGGACUAAGCUCCAUCAGGCAAGUCUCCGAGAUUGUCAAGGGCCUGAAUCUCUGGAACAGCGACUCUGAUUACGUGUUCUGGCACUAUGUGCGGACCCACCUGACCAAGCACGAGCUGGAGCGGUACCUGGUGCUGCGGCAUGUGACACCUGACGAGGGCCGCGGGCGGGCCUGGCUGCGGUCGGCACUCAAUGAGCACGCCCUCGAGCGAUACAUGCACAUGCUCGUCGGCGACCCCGCUCACAUCAGCCAGUUCUACGAGGACACAGCCUUCCUGAUGGACCAGGAGAAAAGCAGCAUGCUUCCCACCAUGUCAGCAGGGCUGGGAGCCAUUCUGUUUGCUAUCAACAUCGACAAUCCGGACCUGAAUCCUCCCGAGUCAAGUGUCGUCGUGCGGGUUCCCGCGCAGGCUGGGCUUGCAGAUACGCGUCCAGUCAUUGCCAAAGGCUUGGUUGAGGGCAAGCGGAAGAAGAAACGUCGCAAGCCUCGGUCCAACGUGGUCUCCUUUGAUGAUGAAGACGACGAGGAUUACACAUUAGACAGCAGGUUCCUGGGCAACCACAGCUGCUUCAGUGCACCAGCAACGUGUGUCUCAUCUCCCGUGGCAACCGAGUUCCCAAAUGUGGCCAUGCAAGUCAAUGGUGACUUGUCCUCUGCCGCGGGGGACACCGCAGAUGAUGAAGGAGCCGCCACUGCCGUGCCCACAAGGGUUACGGCAGACGAUGCACAGAGUGUCGAGUCCCUUGCCACUUCCGAUGGAAACCUGUCCGACGAGAGAGAGCCCAAUCCACGGGGCAAGCCAUCGGCAGCCAUCCCAGUGGAGCGAGCAAAGACGUGGUCAGGGUCAACAGAGUCUUCGGGGUCACCGAGGCCUGAGCUGCCCAGUUCUGUGUCCUCAUCGCCAAUGAGCCACGGCAAAGAAGGGGGUGCCAACUGCCAGCCAUCCGCCCUGACGCCCAUUCUGGACCUGUCCAUAGGGGACCUCAUUCCCAUGUGCCAUCCUGCAGAAGAUGGGGCCAGAUCAGAGGACUCCAUUCCCAGCUACAGCGAAGACACGGAGACUGCAGCGGCUGCCCUAGCUCUGGCACAAAACGUGUCGUCACUCGCUUUGGGUGCCGUCGAGUCACCGAGUGCUCCAGCCGCUGAAGCUGAGCUUGCCUCUGACAUGGCAUCUGCGACGCCAGAUGAGCUCAAGCAAGCUCUGCUCGUCAUGACUCAGCAAGUCAAAGAUGUCGAACAGGAGAAUGCUACCCUGAGGAGGAUGGUGGAGCAGGAGAGUGAAGUUAGUGCCAAACUGCGGGCCGACGCCCGGGAGGCCGAGAAGCAGACCAAUGAGCGGCUGGACAGACAGGAGUCCCGAAUACAGACACUCACCAGGGAAAACCAGCUGUUGAAGCACCAACUCAAAAAGUACAUAGCAGCCGUGCAGAUGCUGAAACGGGAUGGCCUGGCAGCCCACGAAGAACUGCGCAACAUGGUGGGAGAUGUUGAGCCAGCCAUUCCGGAUGCCAAGCCACACAUUGACCACCAGUUUGAGGCCAGCGAGUACGAGAAGAAGUUGGUUCAGGUUGCCGAGAUGCACGGGGAACUGAUGGAGUUCAACGAGCGGCUGCAUCGUCUGCUGCUCUUCCGCGAAUGCACCAUUCGCAGGCUACGCGAGGAGCUCACCGACUUGCGUGGACCGCUGCCGGACGAAAACCAGACUUCCGAUGAUGACCUGAGUGUGACGUCGGACUAUGAUGCGUCGUCGCAGAGUGCAUCUCUGAGGCCGCUCAUCAACUUGUGGAUCCCCUCGGCAUUCCUCGCUGGGCACCAGUCGCACGCAUUCCACGUCUACCAGGUGUAUGUGCGCAUAAGGGACGACGAAUGGAACGUGUAUCGGCGCUACUCGCAGUUCUACGCCCUGCACAAGCAGCUCUGCAAGAAGAACCCUGUCAUCUAUUCCUUUGACUUCCCACCCAAAAAGUCUAUAGGCAACAAGGAUGCCAAGGUUGUAGAAGAGAGACGUCAACGGCUGCAACGAUACUUGCGAAGUGUCCUCAACUUCCUCACGCAGACAUCGCAGGAGCUGAUCGACAGCCCCGACAGAGCCACACUCGUCAAGCUGCUACCGUUUUUCAGGGAACAAGACACAACACACCCUAAGGUACGGCAGGCGCGGCGCACAGCGCAACGGCUCCGCAUGCCAUUGGCAUCCAGCAGUUUGCCGAGCCAAGGCACCAGCAGCUCGGCCCAGGCACCCGUGCGCCACUACAUGGGCCACUAAACAGUCGCUCGCCGGUCGAGAGACCAACCACGUCAGAGAAUCUCAUCAACUUGUUGGUUCCCCUUCCCCGUUGUCACCAUCCUGCUGCCAUCGUGUGCUACCAAAGGUCGAGGAGAUGCUAUGUAUUUCCAGUCUUGCACAUUGUGCCCAUCUCGAAAUGUUGAUGUUCUGAUCGUUGCAGGAAUGAUUUUUCCGCGGUCUUGGAGCAGGGUGCGUUCACUGCUGGUGCGAAUGCCUUCAAUCGUGGGUGCUGACGCAGAGUAACAGCAGCUUGUCACAAGGAGGGGUGGGGGGAAAAGUCGUGCGAUGGCUUUGGCAGACUCGAACGUGCCAUUUGUCAUGUACCCGAGCUAUGCUGUGUGUGCUGGCAUUGCAAGCAUUGCGCGAGACCUCAUUAACCCUUGACUUCGUCAAGUGGGCCAUAUUACGACUGCACAGACGUUGCCCCCCCCCCCCUGCUGACGUUUCCCAUCAACGUUGCCUAUCAAAGUUUUACUGUAGCCGGCAGAGUUUAUAACUUCCUGUUGGACAGACGGCACAGUGACAUCGGUACUUUUGCAGUGUAUCAGCUGUGUCUCACGGUGCACUGUGCUUGUGCCGUUUUCAAUGGCACUGCCAUGGGUGCUGCUCACUUGAACAUUGCAUUUGAGUAGUGCAGCAUGCUAUUCUGAAUAGUGCAGCGUGCUAGCUUUGACCCCCAGUUGGCGCUGUCAUAGGUAGUGGAAAAACAAUGGCCAGAGGGCUGAAAACAGGCUGUUCAUCUGUUUGCCAAGAACCGUUGAUUAGUUUACUCACAAUGAGGUUACGUGCUCCCAGUUUGAUACAGUCUUGUCGAUAAGUUAAAAGUACAGGUCAGAUGGUCUGAUAGCUGUGGCCAUCCCCGUGACCUAACUU